CCCCAGCGAACAGCUGCGGAUGGUCACAGGAUCCGCUUGAUGCCACGCGGAAGGGCCAAGAUCAAACCAAGUCCAUGACCAACUUGAUGACCUGCUAAAGAGCCAAGUACUUCAAAAAAACGUACCGAGUAUCGACCAUCUUCCGACAAAGGAGAAUCAGAAGAAAGGAAGACCAAGUAACUCUACGAAAUGGGGCUAGCGCAUGCAAGGUCCGGACCCGAUCCUUUGCAACAAAUGAAGCAGAAGGACCCUAAUCCGCCCUCAUCAUUUACAAAUGAGGAUCCGCCCGACGACCAUGAGAUGGACUUAUUUUUACACUAUUCGCAUAUGCGGAUUGAACCCCUAUUCUUAAUAUGUAUACGUUACUUAGGUCAAACAGAAAUAAUUAUGUAAUGGGACACCCUAAUGUAUGUAGAUACAUACAAAUGUUCAUACAUACCACAUGGACAUGUAUUAACGCUUUCAGUUCACUCCAGCUUGUGCUCAUGGCCUAUCGACAACGCUAUUGAAUAUUUGUAAACUGAAAGUACUCGUACAUAUGUAGGUUUGUAUGUAUGUAUUUGUAUGUUUGUAUGUAGCGAUUCUACGUCCAACUCGAAAAUAAAAAAAUUCGUCAGUCACAUUUUCGAGUUCUAACCACCCAGGUCGAUACUGCGAAGCGCCCGCACGAAAACGACGGUAUUUCAAUAAAAAUUUGGCAAAUUUUAAAAAUAUUUAGGCACAUACAUACAUACAUAUGUAGGCGCACUAAAAAAAACAAGAAAAAAGUCCAGCAGGAGCAGCGGAGUGAUUAUCUCCAACAAAAUUUGAAAAAAAAGAUAAAACGCCGGCAUAUGGUAAUUUUGAACCGUAGAAAAUAGUGAGCUAAAAAAACAGAAAAAGCACGAUGCGAAGUAUAAAGAAACACUUUUCGACGUAAAAGCAUUCAGAAUUUGUAAUUUAGGCACUCAAACAUCAGUGCAUGUGUACGUACAUAUGUAUGUAUAUAUACAUAUAGUUAUCUAGUUGUCCAACUUGCAACUUUAAAGUUAGUGUAAACUAAAAGUUACUAUUGAAAACGAAUCGCACGUGAAUUUUUCUGCCAUUGGCCCGACCGACAACAGGCUACCUACCAACACUCACUAAUCGGUCUACGGCUAAAAUAAUACAACAUACAUACAUACAUAUAUAAAAUAUUAGCACCGGGAACACAUACAUACAUAAAUAUAUAUAUUUGUAUGUAUAUUAGCAGCAUUUUGCAUGGGCACAUAACGAAAAUGAGGUGAUUCGUCUGCGUAGCGCCACACUCAACAGUUCGCCAGUGACGUGGUUGCAGAACCACUUUCAGAGCGUAAACUUUCGGACGAGCGCUGAGAGCUCCACACUGAGAGUAUGCUCAAAUAGCAUUCCAUCCUAAAUUUCCAAGAGAGUUUUAUAUUUUGAGGAGAAGUUUAAACAUAAACAAAUUGUAUUUGAGACUACUUUUAGCCAAGCGUAACCGCAUAGAAAAGCGUUUGUAAAUAAACAAUCUCAGAAAUGGGUUACGAUGAUGUGCUUGUUCAUCUGGGAGAUUUUGGCAAAUAUCAACGUCUAAUAUUUUUCCUGCUAUGUCUCACUGCAGUCUCUUGCGCCUUUCACAAAAUGUCACGUGCAUUUAUAUUUGCCAAACCGAGUUUCCGCUGCCAGCUUCCAUUUGAGAAUGUGGCGAAUGUUGGCAUUGGAAAUAACGACACUGACCAACUACUACACAACGCUACCGACUUCAAUUUGCCAGCUAACCUGUGGCGCUUGUUCUUUCCCUCGGAUACAGCUGAUCCGGAAAUAGGACAUUACGAGUUUUGCAGCUAUUUUGACAUUGAUCAUAAACUCUACCAGCUAGUUGACAACAACACUCUGGGACUUAAUGCUAGUUUGCGAGACCGUCGUUUAGACGCUAAUCGCACCGUUCCUUGCAGCAGCUACGUUUAUGACCGCUCGAAGGUUGGCAACAGCGCCGUCACCGAAUGGAAUAUGGUUUGUGAUCGCAGCUAUCUGGUAGCCACAAGUGAUGCCAUAUUCAUGCUGGGUGUGCUGGUUGGCAGUAUUGCUUUUGGACAGUUGUCCGAUAAGUUUGGUCGCAGGCCAGUCUUCUUUACAUCGCUACUUUUUCAAGUAACAUUUGGCAUAUUGGCAGGACUGGCACCCAAUUAUCUUACAUACACGGCUGCACGUUUCAUCAUUGGUGCUACAACGUCUGGCGUAUUCCUCGUUGCCUAUGUGAUUGCUAUGGAGAUGGUUGGACCGAAAAAACGUUUAUAUGCUGGCAUGUUUCUAAUGAUGUUUUUCUCUAUGGGCUUUAUGUUAACUGCUGUCUUCGCUUACUUCAUUCAUGAAUGGCGUACACUGCAAAUAGCCGUUUCAAUUCCGGGGCUAUUGUUUCUUGGCUACUAUUGGAUUAUACCAGAGUCAGCCCGUUGGCUGAUUUCGAAUAACCGGAAAGAAGCCGCAAUUGCGAACAUUCAAAAGGCGGCUCGCUUCAACAAAGUGCACUUAGACAUAGACACAAUUGAUCGAUUACUAAAUGAUAGUGAUGGCAUAGAAGAGACGAAAUCCGAAACAACGAAUCCCGAAGACACGCUGCAGAACCCUGUUAAGCCCGUUUCAGUAUUUGAUCUGUUACGCAAUCCAAAUCUGCGUCGAAAAACGCUUUUAAUUUUUUUUGAUUGGUUUGUGAAUAGUGGCACCUACUACGGACUUUCGUGGAAUACGAACUCAUUGGGUGACAAUAUGUUGCUGAAUUUCGUCAUAUCUGGCGCGGUUGAAAUUCCCGCCUUCACUUUCUUGCUAUUUACUCUCAAUCGGUGGGGGCGGCGUACCAUACUUUGUGGCUGUAUGCUUGUGGCCGGAUGUGCGCUUCUACUCACCAUUGCUGUGCCCAAGGAGGCGAACUGGCUAAUGAUUUUGCUGGCAAUGAUAGGAAAGCUGGCUAUCACUGCCUCGUAUGGUACAGUUUACAUUUUCUCUGCAGAGCAGUUUCCCACAGUGGUGAGAAAUGUUGGCCUAGGUGCCUCUUCCAUGGUGGCGCGCAUUGGUGGCAUAUUAGCGCCAUUUAUCAAUAUGUUAAGCAACGUAUGGCGACCGCUGCCGCUCAUCAUGUUUGGAAGCGCUGUAUUUAUGGGCGGACUAAUGUCCUUGCUGCUUCCUGAAACGCUUAACAAACCUACACUUGAAACCAUUGAUGACGGCGAGAACUUCGGGAAAGCGGAAAAUCGUAGAACUAACUGCAGCAGGGCUGUUACUUUAGAUAAUAUGGAAAAUACACCGUUGAAUGGAAAUCGUAGUCAAGCGGCAAAUGGACAAAACAAAAUGGAAAGUUGAGUGGGGAUUAAGGUAUUUUAGUUUAUUGAGGCAUAUUGACUAAGUCUUUGAACGGAUUACCUACCAUACCUAUUAAAGCUAUAAUUUGCAACGAUUUUUUUUUCAAAUCCUUACGUAUUGUGAUAAAUGUACACACCUUACAUUGCAUUCAUGUUAAUAUGCAUUUGGAAAAAUGUAUAAAUUCUCAACACUAAUUUAUAAAUAAUAAAUACAUAUUUGAAUUAAAACAAA